CGCGGGACGAGGACGGGGCGGGAUCAGGGAGCCAGAGACAGGCCUGGGCAAUGGAUUGAGAAGAAGACAGGAGGUUGGGAACAGAGGUAGGGAGGGCACACGGGGAGAAGGGGCAAAGGGAAAGCAGCAGAAGAUAGCGCAGUCGUCCCCACGAGUCCCCGACCCCUUGCACACACACCCCGCGGUCCGCUGUCCCCUUGACCCCCCAGACUGGUUGUGUCGGAUGUGCACGCCCUCGAGUCCAGCCACCACUUGCCGCUGCUCUACCCCCACCCCGACCCGGUUCUCUCUCCCAGACACGCGUGUGUCUCUUGUCCCGCCCUUGUUCCCCCGAUAGAUGAGUGCCCCCAGCGCCUCGUCCCCGACCACACCCGCCCCGAUGAACCGCCGCACGUACAAAGAAGCCAUCAACGCGUUGAACAGCUUGCAGUCGAACUUCGCCACGAUCGACGCCGUGAGGAAGUCGGGCAUCAACCGAAACUCGAUGCUGAUGCCCGAGAUGGUGGAGUGGGUCCGGCGGAUCGGCUACCGGCCCAGCGACUUCAACCGGCUCAACGUGAUCCACGUGACGGGCACCAAGGGGAAGGGCUCGACGUGUGCCUUUGUGCAGAGCGUGCUCAGCCAGUACAAGGUGCCCAUUCUGCUUGCCAGCCCGAGCCUGGCGCCCGUGGCCCCGGCCGGAGCCGGCGCAGCUGCGCCGGCGUCGGCGGCUGCCGCCGUUGACCACGUCCACCUCCACCCCACACAGCCCGCCGGCACCGCCUCUGCAGACACCUCCCGAUCGUUGUCCGUCAACUCGCUCUCGGCCGACGCCGCCUCCAGCCACUCCGUCGACGUGGCCAAGAUCACCAAGAUCGGCCUCUACACCUCCCCGCACUUGAAAACCGUGCGUGAGAGAAUCAUGAUCAACGGCAAGCCCAUCAGCGAGGAGCUGUUUGUCAAGUACUUCUUCGAGAUCUGGAACCGCUUGGACGCGUCCAAGUCGGACCCAGAGGUCUUCCCGCACAUGGGCGACGGCAUCAAGCCGGCGUACUUCCGCUACCUGACUCUGCUCUCCUUCCACGCCUUUGUCAGCGAAGGCGUCGACACUGCCAUCUACGAGGUUGGCGUCGGGGGCGAGUACGACUCCACUAACGUCUUCGAGGCUCCCACCGCAUGCGGCAUCAGCGCCUUGGGUAUCGACCACACCAUCAUGCUCGGUAACACCCUCGAGGAGAUUGCGUGGAACAAGAGCGGCAUCUUCAAGAAGAACGCCGCCUGCUUCUCCGUUCCCCAACCAGAAAGCGCCCUGAAGGUGAUUGAAGACCGUGCCGCGGAGAAACACGUGGCCCACUUCGAGGUCGUCAACGAACGGUCUGACUUGGACGAAGUCAAGCUCGGCUUGAACGGUGACUUCCAGAGACAGAACGCCUCUCUUGCUGUCGCUCUUUGCCACGCACACUUGACCAGACUAGGCUACCAGGUCGACAUUGAUACCUUGCCAGAAGAGUUUGUCCGGGGUCUGGAAAACGCGAAAUGGCCUGGAAGAUGCCAGAUCGUCGAGGACCCAAAGCGGAAGUCGGAACUCACCUGGUACAUUGACGGUGCCCACACAGAAGAUAGUGUGAGAAACGGAUCGCAUUGGUUUACCCAGGUCGCCAGCCCCGAGAAAAAACACGUGUUGCUCUUCAAUCAACAGACUAGGGAGCCGGCAGUGCUUCUCAAAACCUUGUUCGAGCAGAUGGAACAAGCAGACCUGAAGUUCGACCACGUCAUCUUUACAACCAACGUGACCUGGUCCAGCGGCAUCUACUCCGACGACUUGGUCUCCAUCAACACUGACAACAACGCCGUCUCCUCCCUAGAUGUCCAGACACAGAUGGCCGAAAUUUACAACAAACUAGAUAGAAAGGCCCGGAAACAUCUUUUCCACGACAUUGAGACCAGUGUGAACUUUAUUAGAACGCUGGAAGGCCCGCUGGACGUCUUUGUCUGUGGCUCCUUGCACUUGGUUGGUGGGUUUUUGGUCGUUCUCGACGCUAAACCUAGCCAGUGAACCUCUUGAUUUCCAGAUCUCUCCCGUAUAUAUAGUUCUCCUUUUUUUUCUCCCCUCUUCUCCGAGUGUGUACAGCUGCACGCUCGCAGUCAUUCCCUACUAUUCUAUCCAUUCUACCCCCGUACUUGUUUAAUCAGACAUAAAGCCCCAUUCAUGCAUACAACGCGCG